AUGGCGGAGAGUGGUCUUGUGGAGGGGGAUGCGGUGUCGACUCCCUCGCAGUCCGCCGGCUUCUGCCCUCGCCGGUGGGACCGGCUGAGGCUGGCGGCGGGACCCUGGGCACGGACGCUGGGCUUGGUGGCGUCGCUCGGCCUUCUUUAUUUUCUGCGGGGCCCCCUCCGGUUGCGAGACAACUUAGCGGCAGUGACUGUUUUCUUGAGCACACUGACUCCAAAAUUCUAUGUUGCACUUACGGGAACUUCAUCUUUGAUAUCCGGUCUGAUAUUUAUAUUUGAAUGGUGGUACUUCAGAAAAUAUGGCACAUCUUUCAUUGAACAGGUAUCCGUGAGCCAUUUGCGGCCACUUAUUGGAGGAACAGAGAACACUAGUUCUCAACAGGCAACUUUCUCUGCUACUAAUGGAGAAAAUGAGAUGAACAGGCAGAGUCUAUCAGAGUGCAAGGUAUGGAGAAAUCCCCUGAAUCUUUUUAGAGGAGCAGAAUAUAGCAGAUACACGUGGGUGACUGGAAAGGAGCCACUUACAUACUACGAUAUGAACUUGUCUGCUCAGGAUCAUCAGACUUUUUUCACAUGUGAAACAGACUUGUUUCGACCUUCAGAUGCUGUUAUGCAGAAGGCUUGGCGGGAGAGAAAUCCUCAGGCCCGAAUCAAAGCAGCAUAUCAAGCUUUGGAAUUAAAUAAUGAUUGUGCAACAGCAUAUGUUCUUCUGGCUGAGGAGGAAGCAGUUACUAUCAUAGAUGCUGAAAAAUAUUUCAAGCAGGCUCUAAGAGCAGGGGAAACAGUUUAUAGAAAAUCUCAGCACUGCAGUUCUCAAAGUCCACAGCAUGAAGCACAACUUCGAAGAGACACCAAUGUUCUGGUUUAUGUGAAAAGAAGACUAGCUAUGUGUGCAAGGAAACUUGGAAGAAUUAAAGAAGCAGUAAAAAUGAUGAGAGAUUUAAUGAAAGAAUUUCCUCUCCUAAGUGUGUUGAAUAUUCAUGAAAACCUUCUAGAAGCACUUCUGGAGCUGCAGGCGUAUGCUGAUGUUCAGGCAGUUCUGGCAAAGUAUGAUGAUAUCAGCCUUCCGAAAUCAGCAGCAAUAUGUUAUACCGCAGCACUCUUAAAGGCCAGAGCAGUUUCAGAUAGGUUCUCUCCAGAAACAGCCUCUAGAAGAGGGCUUAGCACAGCAGAAAUUAAUGCUGUAGAGGCAAUACACAGAGCAGUUGAAUUUAACCCUCAUGUACCAAAGUAUUUACUAGAAAUGAAAAGCUUAAUUUUACCUCCGGAGCACAUUCUUAAACGUGGAGACAGUGAAGCAGUGGCCUAUGCAUUCUUCCAUCUUCAACACUGGAAGCGAAUAGAAGGGGCCCUUAAUCUUUUGCACUGCACAUGGGAGGGCACAUUUAGAAUGAUUCCAUAUCCAUUAGAAAAGGGCCAUCUAUUUUAUCCUUAUCCUAGCUGUACAGAGACAGCAGAUAGAGAGUUGUUACCAACCUUUCAUGAUGUCUCCGUGUACCCACAGAAGGAGCUUCCUUUUUUCAUCCACUUUACAGCAGGACUGUGCUCUUUCACAGCAAUGUUAGCCCUUCUCACACACCAGUUCCCUGAACUCAUGGUCAUUUUUGCUAAAGCUUUCUUUGGAACUCUGUUAUCACCUUUGAGCUUCAUGAUGGAGAAGUUGGAGCGCUUCAUGCCUGCUGGUCUCUGGCAUCAGCUCACUCAAAUGUGAAUGGAGCACAGUGCUCUGAACAAUGUACUCAGGAAUUCUUUCUUCCAUACCCUCUCUAGCACAAAAGCACUUGCAGCUAAGGGUGUAAAGGAAGGCCAACUCCAUGACUGUUUCAUUUUACAUCCUAUUACUGGUGCUUACAAGUUGCUAUCUCCAUUAAGCCUUAGAAUCGGAAUGGAUUUAAGAACACACAGUUCACAAUGUCUGUCUGGUGUUGGGGGAGUGUUGUGCUCAUUUAAACAUUAGCUGUACAACUUGAAACUACUGCAUUCUCUCUAAGCAGUUCUAGAAAGCAAUAAAUCUGGUAGAUUGUGUGCUGAAAUUUCUUCUGGAAUAACCACCAUGUUUCAGUGUUUGGCCAAAAAUCUAACCUGCAAGGCUGGAAUUGUUGAAGAUUUGCAGGGGGCCCACUUGUACUCUCCUGUCUCUACAGCUCUUCCUUCCUGUUGCGGACUGCUGACCUGUCUCCUUCUAACCGACUGUGCAGUCACAGGAGCAAGGAAAAGGAGAGACAGCCUUUGGUUACCUCGCCUCUUUCUCUAGGCUUAGCUGUGCAGAUGGGCCCAGACCAAACCUGAAUGGGUAGCAGUGGCAGCAAAUGAGGAGGAGAACUUUGAGAGAUGGCUCAGUGAGUGCAUCUUGCUCAUCACGCCACUGAAACCUAAUGCUUACAUUGCUAACCUGAGACCUCAUUCUGAAAUGUCCCUAAUUAUAUGAUCUUAGGGGUUGGUCAGCACAAUCUAUAACCUUGAAGGAUUAACUAAAUUACAGAGCAGAGAGAUAUGCAUACCCCAUGAUGCUAUUUCAGCCUUCAAGAUAAGGCAGGAUAUCAAUUCAUCACACUUCAGACAUGAUCAUCAAAUUCUUGUGACCACUUACCUGUCUUUCAAGCCACACUUCAUGGUGUUAUUAGCAAGUGCACCACAGCAGCUUGUCCAGCUCCUCCUUCCUUUAAGGGAUUAAAUUAGCUGAUGUGUGUUUUCCACAUUUACCAUUCAUUGAGACAUAAAUCAGGGUUUAAUAAGUGGACUUUGUCACUUGCACUUGCAACUGUUUCUGGAAUUGCUUAACUACUUGUAGUGCUUGAUGGAGACUGAUACCUUGGGAGGAAUUUCUUCUAAUUGUAGCAGGCAAAACUGAUGUUUGCCUUGACCUUUGAUACCCAGAAUCAUUUAUGUAGUUCAGCUUUGAUCCAUCUCGUGCCUUCUUCUGACUUUACGCAUUUAGCUGCUAUUUGGAAGCAAAAUGAGAGACCUAAACUCCUGAAUUGAUGGCAGUGUAGCAUUGGAUGACGCAUGUAUUUCUCAAGCUCCAGUUAGAGGCAUUACCAAACAUUGUCUUGCUAAUCUUCAGCAGCAGAUGCGCAAUCCCUACAGUAGAAAGAAGCAUAUAGAUCAUCUUUCACAAACAGUUCUAAGUUCAAGCUAGAGGCUGUUCUUUGGUCUUGGGGGAUAACAUUGUAUCACUUCCUGGAUGAUUUUGCAAGUGUUACUUUCCCUGUUCAUGCUGAUUUUAAAUUUUGCCUAAACUUUUGGGCUCACCCAGUUCUGAAAAGUGACAUCAGCAAGCUGAAAACUGCUCAUUGCUUACAAGCCCAUUCUUGGCUGUAAUUUUGCGCUUCUUUCCAUUUGGGUGAGGGUUUAUUUUCACAUGGCAACUUCUUUCCCCAUCACCCCAUGUAUAUUAAUUUUUGCAUUCAUUUAUGACAAUGUAGGAAAAGUGGAGCCACAAAGCUGCCUAAAACUAGGCAGCUACCAAGAGGUAACUUUCUCAAAAGUUUUCCUCCAAGUGCACAUAAGCUACAGGGGCUGUUUCUCACGCUGGUAUCACCCUGAUGAUUAAUAGAUAUGUUGUGCUCAUGCAAUUUCACUUCACCAUCUACAGGGGCCCAUAAGGUAAGCGAUAUAAUGCUUUUUAAAGUUGAAUCUUUUCCAACAUAUGUGUGGGGUUAUAAAUGAAGCACAGCCUCCCAUGUAUCACUCCCUAGAGCUGGUUUCUCUCACUGUCUUCCCUUUGACAUGAGUGUACUGGAGUGGGAUGGACUUGUGGUAAAUGUAGGACAGGCAGUGUUCUAUAGUGUUUAAUGCUGUCAGCAUUUCUUCGCCUGUGCGGUUCUGAUAAGCCAGAAGAAGUUCUGCUGUCUGCUGAAAUGUUUUUGCUACGUUGAAAGUAGUAGCCCAUCUAGUACCUGAUCUGUAUGAUAGCACGGCGACAUCUGUGACGUGAGGGGAAAUGUGAAACAACUGGCUCAAUUGAGUACUUUGCUAAAAGGCCAAAAGUCACUGUAACUAAUCUAUAAGUCUUUUUGAUAAAUGUUCCACCAAGGUCAUUUUGCUUUGCAUUACAUUUCACAUACAGCCCUAUAUAUCUUGCAAUAGUUAUAGGGCCAAUUUUGUGAUUUUAGGCAUGUUUCUACUCAGAAGCAAACUGUCAUGGGUUAAAUGAGAAUGACGUCCAGCAUGAGAUUUCAGUCUGUCUUGGGAGCUCUGUUCCAUACACCCACCUGGUUUGCACAUCAUGAAUUGUCACCAUGGUGGUUGCAGGGUAGCUUAACAAGAUAGCUAAACUUGGUGCAGAGGUUUCUGAUACACAAGCCACCUUGAGAGCCUAUGGCUUCAGACUGGGUUCUUUAGGUUGGUAUGUUCUUGGUGGUUUGUUUUGCUGUCCGAAUACAGUAGUUGUUUUUUUCACCUUUGGGGAUUUGCACAAAUUUAAGAGCUGAGCAGGGCUGUCAGGAACUAGACACUCUGGAAAGUGUUUAUUCACAGAGUCUUCAUAUGUUGGAGAUGACAACAGAUAUUGUUGGAGGGCACAUGUCUGCAGUGAGUGAGGUGACCUUUCUGGCUCUUUUUCUGACACUUCACUCUUCUCUUCCAGCCCACCUAAUAGGCUGUCAAAGCAAAGAUGGUUGCAUUUGCCAUACCUGCUAUAGAGGCAAAGAGGUACCUUUGAGUGAUUUUACAGGAAGUUAAAAAAAAUAAGGUGGAAAAGUCAGUGUGUAAGCCUGCAGAGUCCAGAUGUUUUAGCCUUUACAGGUUUUUGAGUUGCACUUGCAAAGUACUAGGUGAAACACUGGAUGCCAGGAUGCUGGAACAAAUAAGCCUGCACUAACCAGUCUCUGUGAGAAGUAACUGAAACAUCUAGCUACCAAUAACACCAUGUUCAUCAUUUUACUGUUGCCAAAUUACAAGUUUGUGAAGGCAUGAAUAAUGGGUGCUGCUAGGUCAAUCUAGAAGAGGAUUACUGCUGCCUUGAGAGGUGAGUAUUGAAAGGCAGUCCUUUCCUGUUGGCAAGUGGGACUUCUAGCAGAUUAAGGUACCCCGUGAGCAUCUGAGGAGGCCUGAAAGGGGCUGUGCAGCUAUUGCCAUUCCCUUCUCAAUGUAAUACAAGAUUGUCUUGCACCCAUUCGUCAGUAGUUCUUGAAACAGAAUAUUGUGGAAUAUGGAUGGGAUUUGUGAGAUCAGUUCUCCAGGUCCAGGAGCAGAAACCAAACAGGAUCUGGAGGUGAACCUGGGUUGGAAUCUAGUAGUUUGAGAUAGGUCCAGGGAAGAACCCAGCACCAAAGUUGUUUCUAGAGCUAUAUUUUUCCUUAGAAAGCAUAUUAGUGGGUUUACAAUCUGUUUAAACAAAACAAAACUAUCCAGCCCAUGUUUGUAAGGAAUGCUAGUCUUCAGCUAGUCUCUUCAUUUUGGUAGGCAAUUUUACAGACUACUGGUACUGCGGGAUAUGAGACCAACAACAGU